ACACUUCGUUUUAGCCGCAAACUCCACCCAACCACCACCGAUCGAAAUACCGCAGAAAGCCGUUCCCUGAAAAAAAAAAAACAGUGCCCACCUCGCCUCCUCCCACCUCCACCUCCGCGCAGAUCCCAUCUAACCAUGGCGGCCCCCUCCCGCACCUCCUGGGCCGACGUCGCCGACGCUGAACCGGCCCCUCCUGCUCCCGUUCCAGCGGCGGCGCCUGCCACAUCCAACGGCCCCGCGCGUGCCGACCGCUCCUCUUACGUCCCUCCCCACCUCCGCAAUCGCUCCUCCAACGCGCCUCCGGUUUCCUCCGCUCCACCCCCGCGCGCCGCGCCCGGCCUCCUCGGCCGCCCCACCGGCGGCGUCGGUGGGAGGUUCGGGGGAGGCGGGGCCCCACCUCGUAGGUGGGACCGGGAGCCCAACCCUUUCGGGGACGAGGAGGAGGUGCCGGCGGAGCCCGUGCCUUUCGACGAGCACCAGAACACGGGGAUCAACUUUGAAGCGUACGAGGACAUCCCCGUCGAGACCAGCGGCCGGGAGGUUCCUCCCGCCGUGGGCACGUUCGCGGAGAUCGACCUCGGCGCCGCGCUGAACGACAACAUUCGCCGGUGCAAGUACGUGCGGCCCACGCCCGUGCAGCGCCAUGCCAUCCCGAUCUCGCUGGCUGGGCGAGAUCUCAUGGCUUGCGCGCAGACUGGAUCGGGGAAAACGGCCGCCUUCUGCUUCCCCAUCAUCAGCGGCAUCAUGCGGGGCCCGCCCAUGCAGCGGUCACAGCGGGGCGGGAGUAGGACCGCCUGCCCUCUUGCCCUCAUCUUGUCGCCCACAAGAGAGCUGUCAAUGCAGAUUCAUGAAGAGGCGAGAAAAUUUUCAUAUCAGACAGGUGUCAGGGUAGUGGUUGCGUAUGGCGGGGCCCCUAUUACCCAGCAGUAUAUCUGUAUAUGCAUAGUAGGAUAUGCAGUCAGUUCUUCACAGAGGCUGUGCAAGUCUUCUGAUGUUAAUGGUCUCUGUGGAAUUGCUGGGUAUGCAUUGCAUAUGGUUACAGUUAAUUUUGCUGCAAUGCAAAGCAACAUGCCUCCUGUUAUGUUCAUUAGUGCCAGCACUGAGUUAUCUUUCUAUUUCCUUUUUGUUCGUCAUCCUGAUCAUAAGUCUGUUACCUACCUGAUUAUGGGUUGUUUUGUCGAUAUCCCAUUGUUCCCCAUAGUUUUGUCGGACUUUGUGUUAGAUGGCACAGUGGUCCUGGAUCUUGUGAUUCAUGCACCACAAAGUCUACUCAAAGUAGAAGUUGAAGAAUUGGACUUGUCAAUCUGGUUGAGAGAUCUUGAGAGGGGUGUUGACAUUCUUGUGGCUACUCCUGGUCGUUUGGUUGAUUUACUGGAAAGGGCAAGAGUAUCCUUACAGUCGAUUAGAUACCUUGCCCUUGAUGAGGCGGAUAGAAUGCUGGAUAUGGGGUUUGAGCCGCAAGUUCGGAGAAUUGUUGAGCAAAUGGACAUGCCUCCACGAGGUGUCAGGCAGACGUUAUUGUUUAGCGCUACAUUCCCGGGAGAAAUACAGAGAAUGGCAUCUGACUUUCUGGAGAACUACAUAUUCCUGGCUGUUGGAAGGGUCGGGUCAAGUACUGAGUUGAUUGCCCAGAGAGUUGAGUUUGUACAGGAGGCAGAUAAAAGAAGUCACUUGAUGGAUCUGCUCCAUGCGCAAAGAGACAGUUCAGAACAAGGGAAGCAAGCUCUCACACUUGUCUUUGUGGAGACCAAAAGGGGUGCUGACUCACUGGAGAACUGGUUGUGUACGAAUGGAUUUCCAGCGACUUCUAUUCAUGGUGAUAGAAACCAGCAGGAAAGAGAAUAUGCUUUGAGAUCCUUCAAGAGUGGUCAAACUCCAAUUCUAGUUGCAACUGAUGUGGCGGCCCGGGGCCUCGACAUUCCUCAUGUUGCUCAUGUUGUGAACUUUGAUCUCCCCAAUGAUAUUGAUGACUACGUACACAGGAUUGGUCGUACAGGGAGGGCAGGAAAAAGUGGAAUUGCGACUGCUUUCUUUAAUGACAACAACUCUUCGAUGGCAAAGUCUCUAGCUGACCUAAUGCAAGAAUCUAAUCAGGAGGUACCUGCAUGGCUUACUCGCUAUGCAGCUCGCCCAUCCUAUGGUGGUGGUGGUGGAAGGAACAGACGUGGUGCCGGAGGUGGGAGCCGCUUUGGUGGCCGUGACUUCCGUAGGGAAUCUUCUUCCUUUGGCAAGGGUGGUGGCGCCAGUGACUAUGCUGGAGGCAGCAGCUACGGGGGCGGUGGCUAUGGUGGUGCUGGAGCUCCCAGUGCCUGGGAUUAAUGUUGCAGUUGUUCGCUUAGGGUCUAUCAAGUUUAGGUUGCUUUUACUCUAGCUUCUUAUUAGAUAUACAUUUUUGGCAGGAGCUGAUAUGCAGCGACAGUAUGAGUGAACUGUGUCGUCCCCUUUUCUUCUGGUUACAACCAAGGUAGUCUUAUCUUCAGAUAUCCGUUAUGGAGAGCAUCUUGAGGACUUUCAAGUACACACCGAGGUUCGCAGUUAGGAAUAGGAUUUCUAGAGACUGAAAUUCCUUGUUAGGGAUAAUAGUAGCUGGUGUUGGCAGACUGACAGCGCUUGAUGUGGAAUUUCUCUCCGCAUUUCCUUGGUCUAUGUCUCAUUUUCGGUUA